AUGCAGAACUUUCUAAUCCUUGAUGAAAUUUCUCAGCUCAGUCCACAGCUCAAAAAUAACAGUGAAAAUCCUUUCCUUAAUGUGCAAGAUUUGACUUGCUCCUGGGACAAGACAAUGGAAAUGGCAACACUUCAAAACAUUUCAUUUACUGUCAGAUCAGGAGAAUUGCUAACUGUGAUUGGCCCUGUGGCAGCAGGAAAGUCUUCACUCUUGAGUGCUGUCCUGGGUGAACUGUCUACAACCAAAGGUUUUAUAGAUAUUCAAGGAAAGAUAGCUUAUGUUUCUCAGCAACCCUGGGUAUUUUCUGGCACAGUAAGAAAUAACAUACUCUUUGGAAAGGAAUAUCGGAAAGAAAAAUAUGAGAAGGUUCUAAGAGCCUGUGCUCUUAAAAAAGAUAUUGAGCAUCUGGAAGAUGGAGACCUAACAAUGAUUGGGGACAGAGGAGCUACCUUGAGUGGUGGACAGAAAGCCAGGAUUAAUCUUGCUAGAGCUGUGUAUCAGGAUGCAGACAUUUAUCUUCUGGAUGAUCCAUUAAGUGCAGUGGAUGCAGAAGUUAGCAGGCAUUUGUUUGAAAAGUGUAUUUGUCAGACUUUGCAUAAAAAAGUGUGCAUUUUAGUGACUCACCAGUUGCAAUAUUUACAAGCUGCAAGCCAGAUCUUAAUUUUAAAAGAGGGUAAGGAGGUAGGGAAAGGUACUUUCUCAGACUUCCUUAAAUCUGGAAUAGAUUUUGCUUCCCUUUUGAAAAAAGCUGAGGAUGAUGAUCAAUCAUCAGCUCCAGGAACACCCAGCCACCAGUUGUCUAGGAUUCGUACAUUUUCUCAGUCCUCCAUGUGGUCAAUGGAGUCUUCAGUUCAGUCACAGAAAGAUGGAACUGCUGGAUCUCCAUCUAUGGGACCAGUCCUAACAGCAUUGCCAGAAGAAAGUCGUUCAGAGGGGAAAAUUGGCUUUACCAUUUAUAAGAAGUACUUUUCUGCUGGGGCAAAUUAUUUUGUAAUUCUUAUUCUUUUAGUUCUCAAUGUUUUGGCACAGGUUACUUAUGUGCUUCAGGACUGGUGGCUUUCUUACUGGGCAAACCAGCAAGUAAAGCUAAAUGUCACUGAAAUGGAACAUAGUGGGCAAAAUAACACAAAAACUUUGGAUCUUCACUGGUAUUUAGGAAUGUAUGCAGGUUUAACUGUGGCUACGAUGCUUUUCAGCGUACUGAGAAGUCUACUUACGUUUCACAUUUUGGUUAAUGCAGCUCGGACUUUACACAGCAGAAUGUUCCAGUCAGUCUUGAGAACUCCAGUGCUGUUUUUUGACAGAAACCCUAUUGGAAGAAUCCUAAACCGUUUCUCCAAAGAUAUUGGCCAUUUGGAUGAUUUACUGCCACUAACAUUCUUGGACUUUGUACAGACUUUUCUCCAGGUGUGCGGGGUGGUUGGUGUGGCGAUUGCAGUGAUACCCUGGAUUCUCAUCCCAUUGGUUCCUCUUCUUAUUCUUUUCAUAUUUCUUCGACGGUACUUUUUGGACACAUCAAGAGAUAUCAAACGUUUGGAAUCCACAACUCGAAGCCCGGUUUUUUCUCAUUUGUCAUCAUCUCUUCAGGGACUUUGGACUAUUCGUGCUUUUCAAGCAGAGCAGAGAUUCCAAGAAUUAUUUGAUGCACACCAAGAUCUACACACAGAAGCUUGGUUCUUGUUUCUGACGACGUCUCGCUGGUUUGCGGUACGCUUGGAUGCCAUAUGCGCCAUCUUUGUGAUAGUGGUGGCCUUUGGCUCUUUGCUUCUUGCCCAGACUCUUGAUGCUGGACAGGUUGGCCUAGCUUUAUCCUAUGCAAUCACUCUCACGGGAAUGUUUCAGUGGGGAGUUCGGCAAAGUGCGGAAAUUGAAAAUCUGAUGAUAUCAGUGGAACGAGUAAUGGAGUACGCAGAGCUGGAACAGGAAGCACCAUGGCAUACACACAAACGCCCACCAGUGGAGUGGCCAACUGAGGGAGCAAUAGCAUUUGAUGAUGUGAACUUUGCUUACAGUGUAGAUGGUCCUCUGGUGUUGAAACAUUUAUCUGCUUUUAUUAAAUCAAAAGAAAAAGUUGGAAUUGUGGGAAGAACAGGAGCUGGAAAAAGCUCCCUAAUAGCGGCUCUUUUCCGGUUGGCUGAGCCCCAAGGAAGAAUUUGGAUUGAUAAAUAUUUGACAUCAGAACUAGGACUUCAUGACUUGAGGAAGAAAAUUUCAAUCAUACCUCAGGAGCCAGCUUUAUUUACUGGGACUAUGAGGAAAAAUUUGGAUCCUUUCAAUGAGUAUACUGAUGAAGACCUGUGGAAUUCUUUGGAAGAGGUCCAGCUGAAAGAGGCAAUAGAAGAGCUACCUGACAAACUGGAAACACAAUUGGCGGAAUCUGGAUCUAAUUUUAGUGUUGGCCAAAGACAACUGGUGUGCCUGGCCAGGGCUAUUCUGAAGAAGAAUAAAAUAUUGAUCAUCGAUGAAGCAACUGCAAAUGUUGACCCAAGAACAGAUGAGCUGAUUCAGAAGACAAUCCGUGAAAAGUUUGCCCAGUGUACUGUUUUGACAAUUGCACACAGACUGAACACUAUCAUUGACAGUGACAGGAUUAUGGUUUUAGAUUUGGGACGCCUGAAAGAAUAUGAUGAGCCAUACAUUUUGCUGCAAGAAAAGGAGAGCCUGUUUUACAAGAUGGUUCAACAAGUGGGUAAGGCUGAAGCUCUCUCCAUCAUAGAAACAGCCAAACAGGUUUAUUUUAAGAAGAAUUAUCCUGAAAUUACUCCAAGUGAUCAAGCAGGCACCAGCUCAUCAAUAUCUGACUCUCAAGGACUAAUUAUUUUUGAGACUGCACUAUGAUCUUAAGCCAUGUGGGGAGGGGAAGUGGGGAGGCGUUAACAAAAUGUAACACUUGUGAAGCGCAAACCAACGUUCCAAUUAAUUAAAACUGUUUUUGCACUGGAAUGUUAAUUGUUACACAGAACAAAAAUAGAUUUUUUAAAAUAAUUCUUGUUCCUUGUAUUUAAGUAUAAUAUUGUUCAGAAUUUUUUUAAGAAAUGCAUUUCUUAAAGUGCCUAAUUUUGUGGGUUUAGCAAAAAGAAGCUUGCCCCACAAAAUCUGAAGCCAAGUUCUGCAAUGGACAGAUUUGCUCAGGGAUAAUGCCUUAGCAGAAAGACAUUGCACUGUAAGGUUCCUGAACAAGGUGUUGUUAAAUCAUUCACAGGCUGAUUUGUACUAUAUCCUUUAUAUAGUGUACUUUGUUAUGCAGAGGCAGAGAAAUGUAUUCAUGUAGCUGUGCAAUUAACUUCUGUUUUUGCAUCAGCACAAGCUUUCACCAGAAUCAAAAUGGUUAGCUGAUCUUCCUCACCUGCUGAAGCUUCCUGACUGGGAAUCCUUAAACCCAAACCUCCUUUUCCAGAAGCUCAGCCUUUAAUGGGGAGGGGAAAUAAGUUGUGAUGUUUUAAAACAGAACACAGUCUCCCAGACUCAUACAGUGCCUGUUUUCAGUUUUUGAUCCCCUCGCCGUACAUGGAUAGCUGGUGAGCUGUAUUUCAUUUAGAGGUCAAACAUUGCAUAGUCCUGCUAUAAGAAAUGACGCAGGUGGGCGCAUGUUUUUAUCCACUCUUGGCACAUUUAAACCACUGGUGCUGGACACCUCUCACUUUUAUAGUUGUAGUACAUCUUUCUCAGGAGGGGGAAAAUGUAUUUUUCUAGUUUUGCAUAUAGAAACAAGUAGGGAAAGAGCAAGGGCGUUGUACCUUAAGACAUGUGCAGAUGUAAAUCCUUAGCUGCAUGUGCAGUUAGGGUUAAAUUAAUGCUUUCCAAUUUGACUAGUUCAAGAAAAGGGUUACUUCCUUCACUGUAAUUUUUUACAAAUAAUAUUUUGCCUUUAAUUGGGAAAUAAUCGCUAUACCACAGAUUAUCUUAUAUCAGGCAAUUUUAAUUUUCUAAAUAGUUUUAAUAUAUGCAGUAAAAUGCUACUAGAGGCAAAGCACUGUUAUCAAAAGUAGUUCACGUUCAUUAGUUGCAUACAUACUUCCAGAGAAUAAAUCCUAGCAGUAGAAAAAUGUAAAAAACAAAGAAACCCUAGUGGUAUCUAUCUGUAAAUCAGGGCAAAAGAAGGUGAUAUUGCUAUGUAUAAUGCUUCACAAGUAUUUCCUUUCAGUAGCAUUUGUGUGUAUAUUUUGCCAAGCUAAAUAUGUAAAAAGUUCAUUUCUGAACAUAUGGUCAUCAGUGCACUGUAUACAUUUAUUGUGCCUUACUGAAUCUCAAGCCAAAUGUAUCUGAAAAUACAUUAAUUUAAAGCCA